UGUGUUUCUGCCCAUCCGCUGUCAGCAUCCGCUGACAGCAUCCGCAGCGAUGGUCGCAGCCAUGGAGCCAUGGUGAAAGGUGCAUGUCAUCCCAAUGGCAGCAACUUCCAACGAGUUGCACGGCUGGAUGUCGUGAACCGCGUGCGUCGACUCAGCGAAGUGGGCCUGCUGAAGGAGCGACCCAAGUGGCUGAAUUGGUGUGAGCGUGUGCCACCCAUGGAGAACCACAACUUGCAGCUCCAGACGCGCACGGUUCGCAGCCCCUACCCACAGAUGGUGAACUUCCUGUUGAAGAAAUAUCCAGAUCUUCGCUUUCAGGACUGCUAUGUGGAUGGCAACGACUGGUCUGCCGGAAAUGAUGCCUAUAGGGAUGACCAUCCAGUGAUGCAGUUCGUGGGAAAGCAGCUGGAGAUCAUGAGGAUGGAAGGUACCUCAAAGAAGGAGGCCUUUAAGAGGACUGAGGAGCACUUCAGAGAGAGGCGACGGAACUUGGAGACAGAGCAGAAGCUGAUGAUGGCCAUGGCUGUCAAGGCGGGCUUCCAGCCGAUGUUCUGCACUGGCCGCGCCUACUUAGAGGUCGAGAAGGCCAGACUUGAAAGCACACACCUGAAGAAGAUCAUAGGUGUCCUUCGAAAAGAGUCUGCAGCUCUGCGACCCGCUGCGGGAGAGGUGCAACAGUUCCGACAUCGAGUCGUUGAGGAAAAAGUCUUCCGAGCCUUCGUUCAGGAACCUCCAACUCCGGAAGCUGAUGACGAGGCGCUCCAACGCUUCGCAGAUUCAUUGGAAAGGAAACAGGAGGAGAAGGAUGAACAGACGACAUCCAAAGAGACACCUCAGAAGGCCAUGCAACAACAGGAAACAAUAGAUCAAGAAGAGGAGAAAGCGCUGCCUGAGGACACAACCAUGCCAGACAAGGAUGAGAAAGAGAGCUCAUACAGUUUGACUGGCAGAGCUCAAUCAGGGCCAAAAGAACAGGAGCGAGCCAAUCAGGUCACCAAGAUGCUAAGCAAAAAGAGGCAAAGUAUGGAAGACGACGAGGAGAGUGAUGAAGGUGAUGGAGACAGCGAAGAGAGGGAGAGGAAACGAGUAGCUGGGGAUGUCGAUUGACCUCUGGUGAGCAGCUUAUGAGUAGCGCGCAGAUUCAGGUGUUUCCACCUGUCCCAACGUCAUGGAGAUGUGGGUUUGUCU